AAGCAAGAAAAGCGGCAAAAGAAAUAUCAAAAGUAUUUAAAAGUGAGAAUGAAGAGUUAUGUAAACAAAAAAUAAAGCUUGAAGCAAUUUUAGCAAGGAAAUUAAAGCCAAAAAUAGAUUUAGAAGAUGCAAAAGAAAUAAUAAAACUAUUAAAAGAAAAUAUGGCAAUAUGA